AGCUCGGAUCAUCUGAUACAUAAUAAACUAAUCAGUUCUGUUCUAUUUUCUUCUUGAUUCACGACUUGCUAAAUUUAGACAGACAGUGUCAUAAAUAAUAAUACAAAACGCCAGAGUACAAUAAUAAUAAUAAUAAUAAUAAUAAUAAUAACAACAAUGAUUGUGUCUGUUAGCCUACUAGUUAUCUUUAAAAUUAAUGGAUAAUAAAUAUUCUAUUGACAAUAAACAAAAGUUGCAAUUAAUUUUCAGUAACUAGCAAAAGUGUGUGUGCAAUUAACAGUAAUACGUCGUAGGCCCUCGUUCCGAGGAGAGGAUAAAAAAACAAACUGAAAAAAGUGACAAUGAAUCAUCAUCACUAGUACGACAGCUUAUAAUCAACGGGUAUUGUUAUGAAACAUGAAUUUCAGGCCCCACAUUGACGAUUUUCAAAUAUAUAUGUAGUGGCGUGAUUCGUUAUCACCAUUCAAUUAUCCAUCGUACGCGACACGUGAUCACAUUUUCAUAUUUUAAAUAGAUUUUUUCUCAGGUCACCUCCUAUAAACAAAUAAAAGCAAAAUGGCAGAAAGAGUUCAAACACCUCAAGCACCAACAGUUAAAAUUGGCAAUUAUAUUUUAGGAAACACUCUUGGAGUCGGUACAUUUGGUAAAGUUAAAAUGGGAGAGCACGUAAUAACAAAACACAAAGUAGCAGUAAAAAUUCUAAACCGUCAAAAAAUAAAAACAUUAGAUGUAGUAGGUAAAAUCCGUCGUGAAAUAGAAAACCUUACGCUCUUCCGUCAUCCACAUAUAAUUAAAUUAUACCAAGUAAUAAGCACUCCAACAGACAUAUUUAUGAUAAUGGAGUAUGUAUCAGGCGGAGAAUUGUUUGAUUACAUUGUCAAGCACGGAAAAUUAAAGGAGCACGAAGCCAGGCGUUUUUUCCAGCAGAUUAUUUCCGGAGUGGAUUAUUGUCACCGACACAUGAUAGUCCACCGUGAUCUUAAGCCGGAGAAUCUGCUUCUGGACCACAAUUUACACGUUAAGAUAGCUGACUUUGGUCUGUCGAACAUCAUGACGGACGGAGAGUUCCUGCGGACGUCCUGCGGCUCGCCAAAUUACGCCGCGCCUGAAGUAAUAUCAGGAAAAUUGUACGCGGGUCCUGAAAUAGACAUCUGGUCUUGUGGAGUAAUUCUCUACGCUCUUCUCUGCGGAACCCUGCCGUUCGACGACGAGCACGUCCCGACGUUAUUCAGGAAAAUAAAAUCCGGGAUUUUCCCGAUUCCGGAGUACCUAAACAAGAGCGUGGUGAACCUCCUGUGCCACAUGAUGCACAUCGACCCGAUGAAGCGCUCGACGAUCGAAGACAUAAAGAAGCACGAGUGGUUCCAGAAGGAGUUGCCAGCUUACCUUUUCCCCUCGAGCGUCGAGCAAGAGUCCUCGGUGAUUGACGUUGAAGCUAUCAAUGAAGUCUGCGAGAAGUUCAACGUCAAAGAAGAAGAAGUUUACGCGGCUUUGCUGAAUGGCGAUGCUCAUGAUAAUCUGGCUAUUGCUUAUCAUUUGAUUAUCGAUAAUCAACGGAUCGCUGAUGAAGCUGCCAAGACUGAGUACCAGGAGUUUUAUAUGGCUUCUAGUCCUCCUCCUCCUGCUACUACUACUGGGUCUAAUGAUUCUAUUAACAGUCCGAUCAGGCCUCAUCCCGAAAGAAUUGCUCCAUUCAGAGAACGGUCUCAGUCAGCUAGUGUUCCAUCAGUUGCACAAGGCAAAGCUGCUGCUGCUGCCACUGCUACCAAACGAGCCAAAUGGCAUUUAGGUAUUCGGUCACAAUCAAAACCUAAUGACAUUAUGACUGAAGUCUUUCGUACUAUGAAAAAUCUUGAUUUUGAAUGGAAAAUUAUAAAUGCCUAUAGUGUGAGAGUACGACGCAAGAAUAAAUUAACUGAGCGAUACAGUUAUAUGUCAUUACAAUUAUAUCAAGUGGAUUACCGUAGUUAUUUAUUAGAUUUUAAAUCUGUAUCUGAUGAAACUGAAAUUCCUAAUAGAGAUCCAAUGAUACCCACAACAGGUGGUCACCGUACAAUGGAAUUUUUUGAAAUGUGUGCUGCACUAAUAACUCACCUAGCACGUUAACUUUACAAUUUAUAAAAAUAUAUAUAUUUAUAAAAUAUUUCAUAAGUAUUAAAAUAUAAUCUCUUGCUUUAGUUAUUACUUCCAUGAUGAUUAUGUAAAUGGGAUGAAUUAGAUUUUAAUGAAUCUGAUGAUUGUGUAUAUGAAAAUUGAAAAUUUUAUUAAUUUUUAACUUAACUAUAUCUAUUCCAUAUUAAUUGAUAGUUGUAAAGAUUUAAUAAAUACUUUUGUCUGGAAUAAAA